AUGGGGAACACAGGGACGUGGGCAGACCCCCGGUGCUCCCCCCGCAGCCGCCGGCUCAGUCUGCCCAUGGCUUCCGAGGAGCCCACGACCCCCCCGGCCCCCGCAGCCCCCGGGAGGAAACGCCGGAGGAAAGGGAAGGAGAAACCCAUUUCGGGGGAGGGGGGCGACGGGGAGGACGGGGACGACGGAGCGGGGCGAGUGGCCGAAAUCGAGGGGCUGACGCGGGCCGGGUGCCGGGCGCUGGGGCUGGGGGACACGCGGGGGGCACUGGGCUGCUUCAGGAGGGCGGUGGGGCUCUCGCUGCGCACCCCCACCCCACGGCUGCGCAGGGAUUGCGCCUUCCGCCUGGGGGCCGCCUACGUGGAGGCCGGGAAGCCCGGGAAGGGGCUGAAAUUCCUCCUCAAAUCCCGACCUUCGGACGGGGAACGGCCGGAGGGGCUCCGUUUCGACGUCGCUGCGGCUCACGAAGGGCUGCGGGAUUUCCCGGAGGCUCUGCGGGAUUCGGACGGGGCGGGGAGCAGCGCGGCGAUGGGCUGCUGCUACCUGGGCAUGCGGGAGCCCGGGAGAGCGGCCCGCUGCUUCCUGGAGGCGGCGCGGGGCUACGAGGGGGUCCGCUGCCCCGAGGCGGCCGCCGUGGCGCUGAGCAGAGCGAGCGGCUCCAUGCUGCAGAGCGGGCGAUUCGGGGCUGCAGAAGUCGCGGGGACCCUCGCCCGGUGCCGGGCGCUUUGUGACAGCAUCACAGACCCGACCCUGCAGGGGAAGCUCUACAACGACAUCGGCCUCGGCUACUCCCAGCUGCGCAUCUUCCCGCUGGCUGCAGAGAGCUUUGAGCGCGCGCUCGCCGCGUGCCGCAGAGCACCGGGAUGCAGCAGGGAGGCCGCAGUGCUGCAGAACCUGGGCGCUGCCCGCAAUGCCCUGCAACACUUCGCUGCAGCCCUGGCCCCACACCGGCGAGCGGCAGCGCUGCACGGCGCUGCGGGGAACCGGAGGGCGCAGGGGCAGUGCUUUGGGAACUUGGCGUACGCCUUCAGCCAGCUCGGGGAGCACGAGGCCGCUGCAGAGAACUACCUGCAUGCCCUGCAGGCCUUCCGCGACUCGGGGGAUGUGCUGGGGCAGUGCAAAGCAUGUGAGGGGCUGGGGGCUGCCCGCUUCCACCUGGGGGACCCCCAGAGGGCUGUAGGGCACUACCAGGAGGCCCUGAGGCUGCUGCCCCGCUGCCAGGGCACCCGCAGGGCAGAUGGCAAGCGGAUCGUCGCUGGGCUGACCCGCACCCUCCAGCUGCAGCUCUGCCUGCGGCCCAACCCGGCCCUGGACCUCGUCCCGCUGCAGCUCUGCUCCCCACUGCCCCACAUCAGUGGGACUCAGCUACGGGGCCGCAUGGUGUCCUUCCGGGACACAGGGCAGGAUGGGGGUGAAGCUGCGCCGGGGGCACCGCCUGUGGGGUCAGCACCAAAGCUCCGCCAGCCCCCCGCGCUCCCACCCUGCAUCCCCGCAGUGAUAGCGCUGCAAACAGCCCCGGACUCCCCCCGCAGCACCAGGGCCGGACCGGGGGGCCGGGGGGGCUGCACGGUGCUGUCUGAGCUCUGCAGUCUCCUGUGA